AUGAGCUCUUCGAUGUUCUGGAUCCGCAGUGCACUGGGCAGGUCAGUGUCGGGGAGUUUUCUCGGCUUCUUCAGGCUUACCAGCAGGCUCCGAAAGCCGCAGAUGCCCAUGCUGCCGCAGUCCGCCUUCUCGAAGGCCAGUCAGGCCCAAGUCCGCACAGUGGGCAGCCCGGCACUGUGCUCAGCCCCUUAG